AUGAAAUGCUUGCAUUGUGAGAGCGAUGCCCUUGAAGAGGGGCAAGAACGAAGGUUCAAAUGCUUGAAAUGUGGCAGUGUUAUGGUCUUGCGCUUUGCAGAAGAAACGACAUCACCUCCACCCGCUUUAGAGAAGUCGACAGACGCGAUUGCAGACUCCACUCAAAAAGGUCAGAACGUUGUAAAUAAUGGAAGAAAUGAUUCACUCGGUGGGUUACCAGUCAGCUUAUGGAUCAAUGGAUAUUAGAAACGCGGUUCACGGUUAAUGUAGGCCGUGGAUUUUCCUUCCUUGCUUUUUCCAUUGCCGAUUUCCGGGGUUGACCGAUAUACACAAUCUAGAUCUGUCAUUAUGACGGCAGCCUAUCUGCUAGUAUGAACGUUUUCAAAUCACUAUCUGUCCGAUAUGCAUUUGUCUCAUAUUUAGAUUUCUUUUUACACGAAGAUAAAGCCACCCAGGCCAGGGAUUUAGGGUUAGGAGACAAGGAAUAUAGAUGUUUGCAUUAAUUUUUUAUCAAAACCCGUGGCUAGCAGGUAGCCACAUCCUAUAACUUGUUUCGGGCUGGAAAAGUUAAACUUCAAGGUUGAAAAAAGUAACCAUUUUGGCUGUUUUGUUGUUUCGAUGGUUAACAAUAAAACUUUAGACGAGCUGAGCUAAUUAAUACAUAACCGUAAGCUUAUGAAACCAGCAAAACUUUACAGUACAGAGUUCAGAUUGAAAGCGGAACUGUUAUAAUUUUUUCUGUUGUGGUGUAGGCAUUAAAUGAAAGUAUGAUUUCAACAGAAAAAUGAUUUCAAUGUUUUACCCUCUGCUACAUUGAUCACUUCAACCCACUUCAUUUUCCAGCAACUCUAGAAGUUCGGAGCUUUUUUAUUUACCACAAUGCAGGACGAACAUAAGAAAGUUCUCCAUCAGUUUCCAAGGUCCUAAAUUUUUUAACUCUCUUAGUUUUGAAAUUCGAAAUGCAACAAAUACCGCUUCCUUUUGCUGUAAGCUGAAAGCAUUCCUCUUAUCAUAAAUAGUAAUGCAUAUAUAUAUAUAUAUACAUAUAUAUAUAUAUAUAUUUUUUUUUUUACCUUUGCUCUUUUAUUUCAUUUUUUUCCUUCUCUUUUUGUCUUUUCGCUUUUUUUAGCCUAGAACUAUGAUUAGUACGACUAUCUAAUAUAUUUAUUUUAAGAUUUACUGUAGCUCUGCCAUUGAUUUUCCCAUGUGUAAUUAUGAUAAUAUUUCGUUCUAAUUAUCUAACUGAGGGAGCCCAUUCCUUAUAAGCCCAGUGGCUUCUCUUGGGCUUCCUCGUCAUGAGAGUUUAAAUAAUUAGAUUUUUUUUUUUUGCUUUGUAUAAUCUUAUGGCAAACAAAACAAUAAACGAUAAUAAGCAAUCAAUAUUAUGCAUCAUGAUGAAUUUAAUGAUGUUGCAUGGUCCCGUUCAUCAAUUGGCUGUUUAGCUUUAUGUCUGUCGUGUCCUUGGUCUAAAUUUAAUUUACGCAACUACUUUAAUUUAUUAUGAUCAAUGUAGUUUAUCAUAACCAAGCCAGUCACUUGACUCCUUAAAGGUUGUCUGUUGAAAGUACAGCUUACUGUGGUGUUUUUGUGCAAUAAAAUACACUGCAGUUAGUUGAUUUUUGGAGUUGCUAAAUCCAAAUUGAAUAUAAUUAUGUAUAUGAUGAUGAUGAUAAUUUUUAUAAUGAUAAUAAUGAUAGUCAUAAAGCAGAGAAUUUAAUUAAGGAGAGUAUAAGAUCACAAAGAUAAAAGUACUGAAUAUCUACGGAAACACAGAUCCUACAAUGGGACUUUGUAAUUCGAGAGUUUAAUUGAAGAGAAAGCAGCCUGGCCAGGCUGGUUCAAGGCACUCUCUGGUUAAUGAUGCACAAAAGUUUGCAGAGGAGCUAGGGAUGGAUCUAAAACUACAGCAUCCAGAUCCAACUGGUCACACUGGGGAAGGCAAGAAAUGAGUGGGAAAUGGCAGGGUAAACUAAUAUAAUUUGAGUUAGUCUAGGCGAUCAACAGAAAUACUGAGCAGUAAGUAUAAGCAUCCACUCUGUAUUUUUUUGUUGUGAUUUUUAUAAUGACAAUGUUUGACUUCAAAACCUGGCGUGACACCAAUAAUGUUAAAAGAAAGAGACAGUGGACAUUAAUCCUCUCAUAGUCCUGGUCAUAUACAGAGUCUCGUGUUGCAAACUUGGAUGUGACCCUUGGUCAAAGAAAACUCUUAGCCAAAGCAAUCAGACAGCUACGAAGGGACUCUGAACUGGCCUGUGGCCACUACCUUGAAGCUAGGCAGUGCAGAUUCUACACCUGUAACAACAAAGUCCUUGCAAAAGAUAGAGGGCUCUGUAAUGUUAUUGCUGAGAGGCGAAACAGGCUAUAACACAACAGCUUUAAUCGAGCUAGUACAAGUACAAGGAGCACAUGGUAAACAGCCCGCCCGCUAAGACUAAUGGGACAUCUAAAGCGAUUACAUCACAUCUCCCCUCUAAGUCGGAAACAAACUUUUCUUAUAAGCAAACAAAGUAAAGUUCAGAGUCUCUAAUCUUUAAAACGUUCUGGGAGUCUUAUCUCGCGACCACUUCGUGUGGUCCUCCUAGGAGUAGUAGAUGUCGGGGUCUGGAUAGGACUGUUGAUCUUAAUACUGGGCAAGGCUUGAUCAGGAACUGCACUGUCUCUCUGGUUUCCUGCUUCAGGUGGGUCUGGUAGGAGGUUCAGGUGGCGUCUAUUUCUCCUCAGCUCGCCAUUUGGGGUCUCUACUGCGUAAGACCGUGGGGUGCCAACUUUGUCCAAAACUGUCCCUUCUACCCUCUGGUCCGGUAACCAAACACGUUCUCCAGGGGAGAGGUCUGAGAGGUUCUUUGCAAAGUGGUGCUUGUCAAAGUUCUUCUUUUGUCUAGCUUUGAGGGAAGCAUCUUUUUCUUGGAACUGCUCCAAGUAAUGCCAACUGGGGAUUAGCUGCGCUGGAACAGUAGGGACUUGAGUACGGAUCUUUCUUCCCAUUAACAAUUCUGCUGGGCAGAGUCCACUCUCAAGGGGUGUGGCACGGUAUGCCAAGAGAGCUCUGUAAGGAUCUUGAGCUUUCUUAAGCAGGUGUUUCACUGUUUGAACUGCGCGUUCCACUUCGCCAUUCGCUUGUGGAUACCUUGGGCUGGUCGUAAUGUGGGUAAACGCAUACUCUUCGGUGAAUUGGGCAAAUGCGUUUGACGAAAACUGCGGGCCGUUAUCUGACACAAAAGACAGAAGGAAUAGGUGCAUUGGAUGACCCUUUACUGGCACUGGAAGUGACCAAGAGCACUAAGCUGGCUUAGGCAACGACCCACAGGUUUUCUUGGGAACCACUUUGAGCUACUUAUUCUGUUUAUAGAUAUAUCAAUUUUACAAGUAAUGUAAUUUUACAUUAAUUUUGCAUGCGUUAUGAUCGACGCUGAAAGUGAUAUUUUACAUUUCUAAACAAUUAUUGUUAAUUAACUAUCAUUACCUUUUUUAGAAAAAAAACAAAGGUUGGUCAUGGUUUGCUGCCAAGCCUUUGUGAUUUUUAGUUGGACCUAGCAUUCAGACACUUUAAACUGCCCAAAUUGUAAAUAAUAAUAAUAAAAAUAUAUAAUAAUAAUAAAAAGAAUAAUGAUAAUAUAAUAAUAAUAAUAAAAAAAUAAUAUAACAAUAUAUGCAUAUAUGCAAACAUGCCUGUAUGUAUACACACUUGUAAGUGCAGUAUGUUUCUUUGUUUGCUCUAAUGUGUUUUUGUCACCCUCUUUAAAUAGAUGAGAGAGAAAGGCAAAGGAAAAGGAAGGGUGAGGACCCAGAUAAGCCAGCAAAGCGAACAUCCUUUUGUGCGGAGGAUGAACCCAUCUCACCUGAGCACACAGAGGGAGCAGCAACUGCCUUAAAAAAUCUUAAUCUUCCAAAGGAGGCAGAUGAACAACAGAUGGAAGGUCUACAUGAAGGUAGUGAGCUUGGAGGAUAUAUUGAACCACCCAAUGAUGGCAGCAUUGACUCAGACCAAAACCAACAAGAAGAAACUAAUGACCAUCCUGCAGGUACAUGUAGACUCACUAGGCUAAGUGAAUUUCUCGGUGGUUCUAUUAACUUUGCAUUGAUCUUACUGAUUUUGUUAAUGGGGGCCAGAUGUGGACAUAAAAACUUACUUCUGAAUUGGCGUCUGUUCCAAAAACCUCAUGAAAUAUGCCUUGAAACUAAGAAGGAUUUGCUAGCUUCUGUAAAUUCCAUAAGCGUGCAUGAAGACAGCUUCUAUUUCCAGCGCUUCACUUGAAAAAAGGAAAAAUAUGCAGAAUUAGGUUGGGUGAUGAUAGCUUUCUUGACUCUGAUCUAAUAUGGAACAGGAAUGGAUUUAAACACUGCUAUUGUUCAUUACAAAGGAUUAUGGACUUCUAUAGAUACAGGUGCAUAACUGAUGAAUUUUUCUGUCUUUUUUGAGAGAUUCGUUUUUAGUGGUUUCAUCAGAAGAAGCUUUCCCUGGGGACAAAGUCCUUCAUUUACAAACAUCAUUCUACUGGAGCAUGCUGCUGUGCAUUAUGGUCUAAAUUAAUUGAUUCAGAAUUGUAUAAUGCAGGCUUCCUGAUUCUGAAGUGGCUGUUUGGUUCUCUUGAGAAUGCAUUUAAGAUGACAGACAGGCAGUCAGUACAUAAUAUGCACAUUAUAUUUUUUAAUCCUCUGUUGGAUUGGUCCUGGUGGACUGGAGUAAGUUAUGACAGACCCGUUUAGUGUUUUCUUUUUUGGAGGUGGUACUGUAUCAGAUCACUUCCCUAAAAUGUAAUUGGAUUUAUGUCAUUAUGUACAUAAUAAUUAAUUUACAUAAUGAUAGCAAAAUAUGUUGUAUAUGUAUACUGUAUGCAAGCAUGCAUUGCAUGUAUUACUCACAACAUAUUUGUUUGUCUGCUCUUAAAUGUUUUUGUCACCCUCUCUAAAUAGAUGAGGAAGAUAGGCAAAGGAAAAGGAAGGGUGAGGACCCAGAUAAGCCAGCAAAGCGAACAUCCUUUUGUGCUGAGGAUGAACCCAACUCACCAGAGCUCACAGAAGGAGCAGCAGCUGCCUUACAAAAUCUUAAUCUGUUAAGGGAAGCAGAUGAACAACAGGGGGCACAUGAAGCUAGUAAAGGAUGUGUUAAAGCACCCACUGAUGCCAGCGUUGAUUCAGAGCAAAGCCAAAAAGAAGCAACUAAUGACCAGCCAUCAGGUAGACUAAAUGAAACCUCUAAUUGUCUUACUGGUUUUAUCUAUGGCGUCCAGAUGUGGAUUUAAUUUUUUUCGCGUACACUUUCCAGUCCAUUAGCAACUCAUUAAAUUUGCUUCGAUUGAUUGAGGAAAAAUUCAUAGCUUGCUUAGUAUAAAUUUAAGUGUAACGUAUGUCUUGCAAAUUGCAUGCAGCUUAUUAUAUAAAUAACUUGUUCUAUACAAGAAGAGACUAUGUUUUAUUUCUCAAGUUAAAGUAGCCACAUUUAAUACCUAAGAACAGCAAGCAAUGUUACAAAUAGGCUUCAAAAUACGAAACUUGUGUUUGUCCAUCAAAGUUCACUUUAAUUAUCUAGGGGUUGUUUUUCGGUUGAAACUAUCAAACUUUCCUAGCGGCCGACAACUCUGCAACCUUUGUAUCUUUUUAAAAACUUUUAUGAAAUCUAUUAUUCACAAACAAAAUUUCAGUAAUUAGCAAGUAUUGAAGCAACACUGUUUUGUCCGAGCCCAUUGUAAUCUGUCCCCAGAUGUCUGUUAUGAGGGGUUGGUAGGUCGUCCAUGGGGUCACUUUAGGGUGUCGUGGAAUCGUGUAGUAAAAACCGUGUCGGUUGUUCCGUGAACGUCUUUCUAAGUACCUGGUAAAUGCAGGUGAGAGAUCAAGAUGAUGCAAAGUACUGGGCAGGCCAGCUAAUGGGCAUGCAUUUCAGUGUUCGAAAUUUUGGCUCACCACUUGAGGUUGGAAGAUUUUUGAAGCUGAUUGGGUUAGGCGGUUGAGCUGUUUUUCAUGGUAUUGAUGUACCUUCCAGGUUUCACAUGCAUUCCGCCCUACUGUCUUGCGUUCUGUCUUGUGCACAACUGUCUUCCGUACUUAUUCUCUCUACGCUUCUGCCUUUGCUAUUUGAAAGGCUGGUUUGUAAACAGUCCAAAAAUAUGAUUUCAAAGGUUCUAUUUUGGGGCAAUGUGCUUCAAAAGUACUUAUAAACGUACAGGGCCAUGGACCGUGCUUUUGGGCUCAAUGUACCGAACCUCAGUCUUCUUAGUGCUGACAACGGCAGAAUGAGUCGGACGUUUAUACAGGCAGCGGAGAAUUUGUCAAUACAACAUUGCCUGAGUGUAGAUUAAUUGUUGCUAUGGCUAUUAUUACCCACAGCUGCCCGUUCAUUUUUUGUCCAUUGCUAUAGGAUUUGAAAACUCGAGAUGGGUUGGAAAAAAGAGUAUGAAGUGACUUGCGCGGUGACUAAUGGAUUAACGUAGGAAAGCGUUGCACAGUUCGUUGUCCUUAUCCGCUCGUUUAAAACUCAUCUGUAUCCAGCAGCAAGGCAGGGCAGUACUGCGCGGGGUCGGAGUUGGGCACAACGAAUGACCACGAUACUAGCGCUUAAUGCGCUCUACAAUGCAUUUCUGAGAAUCGCCUCUCCCCCACUUGCCUAGGGUAGACCAUAUUAGGCUUGAGGAGGGAAACAGUUGCCUUAGGGCUAAAGGGGGGAGGGGUAUUCCGGAUUUUAUGUAACAGGGAUAAUCGAAUAGGGGCAAAAAUCAAAAACCCCUUGGGCUUCCAACAAAAUCCAGUAAAAUCCUUGGACCAAAAAAUAACCCCCAAAAAAUCCUACGCCAAAUUUUCGAGCCUUAAAAUUUUUCAGAAAGCAGUAAAUAAUGUAACACGAAAAGUUUGGUUGUACUUUAUUCGCAGAACUACGUGGACGCGAUACGCCGCGUCCCUACCACGAAUCUUCAGAUGGUUUUGGAUACCCCCCAAAAAUCCCUACUUAAAUAAAGCCACCCAAAAACAUACUUGCCAAGUUUUCCUGCUCAAAAAAUCUCGGAAUUGAAAAUUUCGAACCCAAAAAAUCCUUCCAUCAUCCCCUUCCCUUGAAGUCCAGAGUACCCCCCUGGUCGUCAGGGUAGGUCUAGUCACAGGUAUAAGCCUAUCCAUCAUUAGGCACUGCAGCCCCUUGUGGGUAGUCGUAUUCUUAAGCUCUCUAUUACUGCUUGUUAUUUGUGCAUGUUGACGUAUCGCCCGUGUUUUUAAAUUCAUUUCUCCUGACCUAAAUGGAACCAUACAAGAUGAUGACAACAACAAAGUGGUACCUGGAUCUUCCAAAGUUGGCGAUGGUGCCAUGGAUGCAGAUCCUGCUCCGGUCAAGAAGGGUGACGGCGACGCUAAGGAUCAGUCAGAGGAGAGCGAUGCUAUAGAAGGUUCUAAACAACAAGGAGGUGUUCGUUCUCAAAAGGAUGGAGAUACUAAUGAUGACAGCGAUGAAAAUGAAUCAGACCAGGAGGUAAUGUCGUGUUAACUAGACUUGCCAGGUUAAAUACUCGCAGUCUGGUGCUACGGUGAUUUGGCCUCAGACUCAAAUAACUGGAAGUUUAUUAUGUUUUGUUACGUACAAAAGAGGGGAAAUCCUGAAUUUAAGGAACUAGUCCAGGUAGCCCGAGCUCUAAAUAUGUGCGUCCGCCUACGUUAUGGUUAUAAGUAAAUUUCAGUGAUUAAUUCAUGGAAAAAAAGUGCCCUAACGUAGUUCUGUUUCUUUGCCGACCUUUGCCCCGUGUGUUGGUUUUUGGUUAAUAAAACCGGGUUUAUUGGUCUACUGAUUUUUUCCGUGCACAUAUUUCCAUCUUCGCCACCUGUGUUGGUACAGGAAAUGGUUAUAUCAGGAGCAUCAAACUAUCACAAACAAAAUUUCAUUUGCAUGUGCGAGAAGAGGUUAUUGAGUACCAAUCCACGUAAUUUUAGCUCAAGUUCCUUCACUUAUUACACUGUGUUUAGCCUGCGUAGCAAGCGCCGGUCAUGUCGCGUCCUCGUGAUUUCUUCCUGUGCCCUAAAAAGUGGCGCCCCCGGCCUGUUACGCAGUCUAUUUAUUACUGCGAUGCUCUUGUUAAUAAUAUAAAUUUCAUUUAGGAUAAUAUUUUGUAUAGAUUUGCUAGCAUACUAGACAAUCAUUUGCAUAACUACAAAAACAACAACAACAACAACAACAAAACAGCAUGAGCAAAACAAAGUAAGAAAGGCACCUUUCCAGACCGGGAAUUUGCAUUUGUUUUCCAUUAGGAGGUCGUUUCGGACCCCAAAAAAGAAGUGGGACUACAACCAACUUCA